AGUCAGCAUGGCUGGGGCUGAAGAAGCAGUCCACGGAGGGCGCGAUAACCAUGCUCCCUUUGCUGGUGGGAAGUCUGUGCUCCUCUUUGGACAGAGCCAGUACACAGCAGAUGAAUACCAGGCCAUCCAGAAUGCUCUGAGGCAGAGGCUGGGUCCUGAGUACAUUAGCAGCCGUGUAGCUGGAGGAGGUCAGAAGGUGUGUUAUAUUGAAGGUCAUCGGGUAAUUAAUCUGGCCAAUGAGAUGUUUGGUUACAAUGGUUGGGCACACUCCAUCACCCAGCAAAAUGUGGAUUUUGUUGACCUCAACAAUGGCAAAUUCUACGUGGGAGUCUGUGCAUUUGUAAGGGUGCAGUUAAAGGAUGGUUCCUAUCAUGAGGACGUGGGCUAUGGAGUUAGUGAGGGCCUCAGGUCGAAGGCCUUGUCACUGGAGAAGGCCAGGAAGGAAGCUGUGACUGAUGGACUGAAGCGGGCACUCAGGAGUUUUGGGAAUGCACUUGGAAACUGCAUUCUAGACAAAGACUAUCUGAGGUCACUGAGUAAGCUCCCACGACAGCUCCCUCUUGAAGUGGAUUUAACUAAAACAAAGAGAGAAGAUUUCGAACCAUCUGUAGAGCAGGCAAGAUAUAACAGUUGCCGACAGAAUGAAGCAUUGGGACCCCCCAAAGCACAGGAAGCAGCGUCCCCUUGCAGACCAAGCCACCCCUAUGAUUCGAACAUUAAGCUACACGAGGCUAAGGACAUCAGCACCUCCUGCAGUCUGGCCACCACCUUGGAGAGUGAUGCCACUCACCAGAGAAAGCUCCGGAAGCUCCGGCAGCAGCAGCUACAGCAGCAGUUCCGGGAACAGAUGGAGGCUCACCGGCAGAGCCACACACCUGCCAAAGAGGUGGAAGCCACGCAUGAGGGGAUUCCAGCUCCUCCAAAACACAGCACCCCUGUAAAUGCAGCCUCAGAACUCCUCAGGGAGAAAGCCGUCUUUCCAGAGAACCUUGAAGAGAAUCUUGAAAUGUGGGACCUUACUCCAGACUUAGAGGACAUCUUUAAGCCCUCAGGCAGAGCAGAACCACCCCAAACCUCUGCCACUCGAACCCUCAACAACCAGGACAGUGUCCCACAUAUCCAUUGCCACCAGAAACUACAAGAAAAACCUGGACCUGGGCACCUGCAGACCUGCAGCACUAAUCAGAAUGUCCUAGGUGUGUGGAAGAACAAAAAUUCUGGGUUUAAUUCUAUAAAAUGUAAAGGAAAGGUGCUAGUUUGUUUCAAGAAGUUGACUUAGGGGGACUGGAGAAAUGGCUCCAAUUCUUAACUCCUAGUACUCAUGUAUUGCUUCACAACUGUCUUUAACACCAGUUCCAAGGAGAUUGGAUACUCCUUUUCUGGACUCUGGGCAUACAAGUAGUGCAUAGACAUGCGUGCAGACUAAAUACCCACACCGAAAAACUUAAAAAAAAAAAAAAGGAUGGGGGAGGGAGAAACAGGACACAGUAGCACAUGCCGGCAAUCCUGGUCCUCAGGGUGACAAAGUAGGAGGAUUUCCAUUGAGGCCAGCCUGAGCUAUAGGAGGUAUAGAUAUGCCUCGUAAAAGAUGAAUUCUGUGGGCUGGGUAUUUAGUCCAACCAAUGGUAGAACACUUACCUAGUAUGUUGUAUGGCCUUGUGUUCAAGCAGGCCAGUAAGGAAUACAUACAAAUACAUACAUAUUAAGAUCCUGUCUCAAAAGGAAAAAAAAAGCUGGAUGGAGUCCUAAGGUGGUGAGCAGUACAGGUAGAGAGUGGUUUGAGCUUUGGACUCUGGACAUCUAGGUCUAUUUAGUUCUAGAAUGAGGUGUGUCCAAGAGACUUGAGAAAGUUAUGAAUGUUUGUAUUAACGAAAUUACAGACUUAAUUAUUUUUGUAACUUGAUUACAUCGCUCUUGAGAUCCAAACCUUGAUGAUAGUGUUUUAUAAUGUCAAAAUGUUGGGCACGCUACUUGUCCUGACUGCAUUUAGAUCACUUCCUCCUCAAGGUAGGUAUGUCAUGAUGAGAAUGACACCACAAUGGUCAUUGUGUGUUGUCUGAAUGAAGAUUGUUAGCUAAUACACUCCAGAAAUGACUAAUUACAUUCAAAUCAUAGCCCUCCUCCCAGUCCCAACCCUUAACAAAUCCCUUCCCCAUUACCACCUACCCUUCUCAGAGCUGAAGGAAGUCCCCUUUAGGUACCACCUCAUCCUGGGAUAUCCAGACCCAGCAGGAUUAGGUACAUUCUGUCCCACUGAGGUCCAACCAGGCAUUCCAGUUAGGGGAAGAAGAUGCAAUGGCAGGCAACAGAGGAAGAUAGGCCCCAUUUUGUUAGAGGAUCCACGUGAAGACCAAGCUGCACAUAUGCUAUAAAUUAUUGGUGGUGGUGGUGAGGCUAUUGUUUAAAGUCAAGUCUGCUGUUAUUUAAACCAUUAAAC